UGCGCCAUAUUGGCAGUCUCCUCCAUCUCACCAGCCCGUCGAGCAUGCAUGUCUCGAACCGGUUAUUGAGGAGAUAUCUAUAAAUAUUCACAGUAUCCCGUGAGCCGAAUACAACACAAUGGAGGCCGUCAAAGCAUUUAACAACGAGCUGUACUCGUUGAAUGAGUACAAGCCACCCAUCUCCAAGGCCAAGAUGACACAGAUCACCAAGUCUGGAAUCAAGGCUAUAAAAUUUUACAAGCACGUUGUCCAGAGCGUGGAGAAGUUCAUACAAAAGUGCAAACCAGAAUACAAGGUCCCAGGGCUGUAUGUCAUCGACUCCAUCGUCAGACAGUCGCGACACCAGUUUGGAACAGAGAAGGAUGUUUUUGCUCCGCGCUUCAGCAAGAACAUCAUUCCAACGUUUCAGCACCUCUACCGGUGCCCUUCAGAUGACAAGAGCAAGAUAGUGCGAGUUUUGAACCUGUGGCAAAAGAAUGCGGUAUUCAAAAGUGACAUCAUCCAGCCUCUGUUGGACAUGGCUGCAGGGAUUCUACCUCCCAGUGUCACACCUGUCAUGCCCAGCAGUGCUGCUCCUGUCAAUAACACUACACCUGGCACACCACCUACCCCGGCAACCCCUGCUAACAUAGUCCAGGGUCUGCCUGAUUGGGCUUCCCAGAUUACCAACACAGACACUGUUGCUGCAGUGGCACAGAUCCUACAGAGUCCCCAGGGACAACAGCUGCAGCAGCUGGUACAGAGUCUACAGUUGCAGCAGCAGAAGCCCCAGCCCUCCCUGCUGCAGGCCUUGGAUGCUGGCCUGGUGGUGCAGUUGCAAGCUCUGACAGCUCAACUUACUGCUGCUGCUACUGCAAAUAGCCUCAACCCCCUGGAGCAGCGGGUCUCCUCUUUUAAUAAGAAGCUCCUGGGCCCUUUCGAUUUUGGAAAUGAUUCUGAACGUGGUGAAGAAUCUAAAAAGGACGCAUCCUCAUCUCAAAUGCCCAUGGUGUCAGAGCCCAUCAACAGCUCUCUCUUCCAUCAGCUGGCGGAACAGCUUCAACAGCAGAAUCUGGAGCAGUUUCAGAAGCAGCUUUUAGAGCACCAGCAGCACCAGCAGAAGGCAUUAAGUUUGGAAGGGCAGGACUCAAUCUUUGGGCAAGAGAACUCUGUUUCAUCUGCUCAGGGUAGCAGUCAGCAGCAGCUUUCUGAGCAAGAGAACAAGGUGGAUGACUCGAUAGACAACCAGCAGCAGGACAUGGAUCUUGAUGAGGGCCCUGAUGGUAUGGAGGAAGAGAUUUUUGAUGCAGAUGAGAAGAAGAUUGGAAGCACACGUUCCAGAACACGCUCAAGGUCGCGCUCCAGGUCUCCCAAGAGGAGACGGUCCAGGUCCCGCUCUGGCUCACGCAAACGUAAACACCGCAAGAGGUCACGCUCGCGCUCCAGAGACCGCAAGAGAAAGUCGUCUCGUUCUUACUCAAGUGAAAGACGUGCUCGAGAGCGGGAGAAGGAGCGGCAGAAGAAGGGACUGCCUCCCAUCAGAUCCAAGACUCUAAGCGUGUGCAGCACAACUCUGUGGGUGGGCCAGGUGGACAAAAAGGCCACUCAGCAGGACCUCACCAACUUAUUUGAAGAGUUUGGUCAGAUUGAGUCUAUCAAUAUGAUCCCUCCUAGAGGCUGUGCCUACAUCUGUAUGGUCCACAGACAGGAUGCAUACCGUGCCCGCCAGAAGCUCAGCACCGGCUCCUUUAAGAUUGGCUCCAAAAUCAUCAAAAUUGCAUGGGCUCUGAACAAGGGGGUAAAGCAAGAGUACAAGCAGUUUUGGGAUGUAGAUCUUGGCGUCACCUACAUACCGUGGGAGAAGGUGAAGCUGGAUGACCUUGAUGGCUUUGCUGAAGGAGGGAUCAUUGACCAGGAGACAGUUAAUGAUGAAUGGGAAGCAGCGAAGAACGCUGAGCCAGUUAAGGAAGUUGUUAGUCUGCCAGUAAGCGCUGAGACUACGGCAGCAUCUAACACCCAGACUGAGACCUACAACCAGCAGGUCACCAUGAUGCCUGUGCAGCUGCCAGUAGCCCAAGCUGUUCCCAGUGCUGUAGGUUUGGUACCUCCGAACUUUUCUGUCGCCAUGGGCAUACCUCCGCCAGGCUAUGGGCCCCCACCACCCUUCAUAAGAGCCGGCUUUAAUACUUCGCAGCCUCCACCAGGUUUCAUGCAGGCAGCACAGGCAGGAGGAAUGGCCACAGCAGCUACUUCUCUUGUGCAGCCCUCAGUGGCAACCAGCCAAGAAUCUAUGAAGGAUUCACCAUUUGGCGCUAUGAUUCCUCCGACCAACACUAUUCCUGGUGGCUUCAUGGCCUCAGCCAUCACUGGAAGUGUUUUCAACCCAUUGGGAGUCCAAACUCAGCAAGCCACUAAUGACAAGACAGUCCAGUCUGUAGACGGUAUGGAUGCUGCUGCAGAGCUUACACUGCAAGGCAUGCAGAAUGCAGUCCGAAGUGGGAUGGGUCUCCUUGGCAUGCAUCCUACAUCCCUCACACACCCGCUGCAUCACUCUGGUCUGGCUGGCCAUAGGAUGCCUGGCCUGCUGCCUCUUGAUGUGCGGCCUAACCUCCUCCAACCUGGGGCUGCUGCCCGCUUCCCGCUUCUAAUGCAGCAGGGACAAGCCCAGCAGGCCGCUAGCCUCCUCGAGAGUUCCCUCCAGGCCCAAGCCCGUGCCAGGGCUCCUUUCUCUCAGCUGGACCCAUUCAACAGGGCCCCCAAUUUACCCAAUGAAAAUGUAUCCAAAACAGAAGAUGAGUCAUCUGGAGCUGAUGAGGGCAAGGACCAGGACUACCGCUUCCCUCCAAUGGAGAAACAGAGCACUGGCCUGCUGAGGACCCCUCCACCUGAGCACAGGGAGCCUCUUGCAGGUGGUGGUGGAGGACCAGGAGGUGGUGGAGGAGGCAGGCCUCCAUUGCUCCAGACUCCAGGGACUCAGCCUGCAAGAACCAGCUUAGUUGGACGUCUUCAAGCUCUUGCAGGCUUCACCCCUGAUAACCGCUGGAGCCAGACCAGGGGAGACUUUGAUGAACGGGAUAGUAUGCGAGGGGGGCCACAGGCCCCAGGUGGCCCAAAGGGCUUCCAGGAAGAGCGUCCCACACCGGGGCAGAACUUCUCCAACCGCUUUGAGAGCCGUCCUGGGACAGCCGGAGGAGCAGCUGUGGUUCCAGGAAAUGCUGGGGCUACUGGAGGGCCACAGGCCUGGAACCGGGGUGGUGCUGCUGCUGCUGCUGCAGCGCCGUUCGACAAUGAAUUACAUCAAGACCUAGAUGAACGAAGGCGCCCAUGGGACAGGCAAAGAGACAGAGAUGAGAGAGAUUUUGACUUCAGAAGGGAGAUGAAUGGAAACCGCCACAGCCGAGAGAGAGAACGGGAGCGUGAGAGGGACAGAGACAGAGACAGAGAGCGAGCCCGAGAUCGCGUCAGAGAGCAGGAACGUGACAGAGAUCGUGACAAAGAAAGAGAUCGUGAGAGAGAACAUGAACGAGGGGGCUGGACUCCUCUCCUCCCUCUUCCAACACCUCUGCUCCCAACUCCACCUCUCAAUCCUAACUUGUCCCUGAGUCAAGGCAAACUGCUUGCACCUCUUAAAUUAAACCCCCAGAUUCAGCCCAGAUUUCAGUCCCCACUUCUGCCUCAAGCUCAGACAAAGCCCUCUCUCUUAGGCCUAAAUCAGCCACUGCCUCAGGCCCAGAUUAAGUCUCCUCCAUCACAGAGCCAAGCAGCUGUGGCAGAACCAGAGUCGGAAACCCCAGCUCUGUCUGAGACGCCUCCAACACAGUCACCAACCCCUGCCCAAUCACCUGACCUUUCAUCAGACAGCAAGGGUCAGAGCCCAGAGACUGAGGCUCCCAUCCAGGCUGAGUCAUCUCCGCCACCCGAAAUCCCUCCACAAUCCCCAACCCAGCCUAUACCUCAGUCCCCUUCCAAAACCUCCAAUUCUCCAGACAGUGAGACCCCAUGCCAAGACUCCCCGCUGAUUGAGGCCUCAUCCCACGACUCUCCUGUGGCCUUCACUCAAGCUGCCAGCCCCCCUGAAGAGAUGACCCACUCUCUGGAGGAGCAGGAAAGCCCACAGAAGGAUGAGGAGGAGUCACAAGAUAGACCUUCCUCACCACAGUGGGUCAAUGGAUCUGGUACAGACAAUAGCACUGUGGCUGAACUUACACCUGAGGCCUCCCUUGAGCCCUCACCUGAGGCAUCUCCUAAACCCUCUCCUGAGCCCACUCAAGAACCCUCUCCUGGUUCUGUGCUCCCUGAAAGAGAGGAGGAAGAGGAGGAGGAGGAGGAGGAGGAGGAGCAGCAGCAGCAGCAGCAGCAGGAGGAGGAUGAGGAGGAUGAGGAGCUGGAGGAUGAGGAGGAGGAGGAGGAGCAGCUUGGCUCUCCUGAGGACUUAGACAAUGAACAGAGUGAGCCCAUGGAGGAAACUGCGAGUCAGCCUGUGGUAGACACUGUCACAGACACUGAGGGGACAUAAUCAUCACUCAGUAGGUAAAAGAUCAUUUUGUAAAGUUGUCUCUUCUUCUCUGUACUCAUGUCAGCAAUCCACCACCACCACACGGGACAUGGUGAAUACAGACUCACAUCAGUUAUCGUCUGAUAACCAAUAACAAAUGAUUUUAUCUCUCACAAAUACCAGUGUACUUAAUAGAGGACUCAUUAGCUGAUUUAUUGAUAGACUAUUUUCUUUGUUUUAUUUCCUUUUUCCUUUUUUUAAGUUGUAUUGCCGCCCACCCGUUUUAAUUAAUCUAAGCUUGACGAAUUUUAUUGAAUUGCCUACCAAAAUGUUUCAAUUGUAUAUGGGGUAAAUUAGCUUUGACCUUCCUAUGGAAGAGAGUAAGAAAUCCUGGGUGUUUGACAAUGGAUACAGACCUUGAAAACAGCAGCUGCUGGCUCCAUUUCUGUCUACUCUUCUUUUAAAAUGCUGCUGCAAAGUUUUCAAUGAACACUUUUGUGGUGACCUACAAUGCUUUCUGUUUCGAAGAAGAACAUAUAGCCUGCAUACAGGGAGACCAGUAUGGCUGCUAUAAUUGGAAUAAAGGAACAUUUUUAAACUGAAAACAUGGAAAUGUGCUCCCAAAAUAAAUGUCUGUAAUUUGUUUCCAAUUAUACAGUAAACAUGAACAGAAAAUGCCAGGGGGGAAAAAAAAGAAAAUCAACAGAGGGAUAUGCUUAUGUUGAGUACCUAUUGUUUUAGUUUGAAAUAAACAUGCUUUGUCUGUUUAAAAAAAAAUGUUGCUUUAGGACUGUUUUCUGACCCAGGACCAGCGGAAACUCAGACUGCUAUACAGACUCGUACACAUUGUGUGCUGUCUCUUCAGUCGAUUUGAUGUUCUCGUAACUCAAGUUGCUGCUAUACUUUCCAUCCACAGAGCACUUUGGUGGAUGCAACAGUGGGAUUUGUAGUUUUUAGUUUGUGAUGACCUCUGACUAUGUUUCUUUAAGCUUUUGUUGUGUGACUGUUGAGGAUGGGAUUGUGCCUUUUUGAACGGAUUUGACUUUCAUGAUGCUACCCAACACUACCGUGCGAUACACCAGACUGUGCUUGCAACUCAGUAUCUGAUAGCUCUAUAAACACAAUGCUAUCAGCGCAGAAAUUGACUGGCCUACCGUUUGAAUAGUAGCUAGGCAGUUUGUACAGCACUCACCUAGAGCAGAACACGUCUAUUUACUCCAUCGUUCUGUGCAUGCAGGCCUGUAGCCACGUUUUAACUCUCCUGUCUCUCUUGUUCAUUUCAUACUUGUAGUGCUUUUCUGUUGAGACAUACUGCUAGAAAUCCAUAGUCUGCUGUUCUCUCAGACCAAAUGUCUACUACAGGAGUUGUGAUGUUGAAUAAAAGUUGAAGGUGCAUCAGA